GACGGACCUUUCCAGUUCACAGACGUUGACUUCGAUCUUCCGUCGACCGUGGAGCUACACAAGCUCGAGUCCCAGACGAGCCCGUCAGUUCUUGUCAAGGUGCAGAGCAGCAAGAAGGAAAAGAUUCAGCAAAAAAUGGAGCUGGAGAAACUGGCCAGCAUUGGAGACGGCGAGCCAACCUUGUUGCACCCGGGACCGAAACUGGUUUCAAUCCUGCUGCACGCGCGUGCUCUUUUCCCGCAUGGAAACUUGUGGCUACUCCAGGAGUCGCGGAUGCUUGCCAGUCGGGGAAAAUUAGAAGAGGCUGUUGAGCUCAUGGACAGCGCCAAAAAGUCAGAGAUGAAGCAAGUGGACGCGCUUCUUGGGUAUGAUCGCGCUUUGAUUUUGGCUUACAUGCACAAGUUCGAGCGUGCCGCGAAGGAAUUUCUGGAGCUGGUCAACAUCAAUUCCUACUCGCACUGUCUCUACACUUAUUUCGCUGGUGCUUGCUAUCUGGAGUGCUACCGGAUGUGCAUCACCGGGUACAACAUCGAAGGUGACGUGAAGGACAAGGUCGACUUAACAAAGAAGGACUAUUACAAAGAACAGGCAGAGAAACAUUUGAAAGCUGCUCCCUCGUUGAUUGGAAAGAAGAAGUUCCAAUCCAAAAUUCCGCCUUUUGAGAAGUUCAUUUCGAGAAAGAUGAAACAGAUCGAGAAGACACAGCAAGGAACUGGUCUACAUUUUUUGGACUGUAUUGGAACAUCUUUGAUCCACGAACUGGUUUAUUUCUGGAACGGUUACAACAGAAUGACCGAAGAGCAUCUGAAGUUGUCGAUCAAACUACUUGGUUACUCGGCCGAUACAAUUCAGGACCCGGAGCUCGAUCUGGAGAACCCGGAAACUAACAAGCCUUACAGCAAGAUUAACGAGUCCACCGAGGAAGCCAUGAUCAGAUACACUCUGCAGGCGAUUGCGCUAAGACGGCUUGGCGAGAUCAAGAAGGGAGUUGAAGUUUUGAACAAGCUAGUCAUGACCCAUAUUACAGAGACAGGAGUGGUCGAUGUUGACCAGAAGCUGCUGAAGUUGACCGAGAACCCAUGGCUCUAUCCAACAGCAUUAUAUGAAAAAGCUCUUUUCUGUUGGAAGGUCCAAGGAGUUGACGGAUUAGAGGAGUCGAAAAACUGGCUCAAAAAGUCCCAGGCAUACGGAGGAGACGACUAUGAGCUCAGUACAAGAGUCUCCAUGAAAACCAAAACCGCUUUGGACAGACUGGAAGAUUAUCGUAUAUAA